AUGAUUUUUUCAGGAAUUCAGAAAUGGAAGGCACCAGUCACAGGAAAAUAUCAAAUAACAGCAGCAGGACCAAGAGGUACAUCAUUUCCCAAUAUUAAAUAUGGAAAAGGUGCGAUUUUAUCAUCAGAAUUUGAAAUCAAGCAAAACUCUAAUAUUUAUAUUUUAGUUGGACAGUUUGGAACAACUGUGGCAUCCAAUUGGGGGCAAAGUGGAAGUGGAGGAACUUUUGUUGCUAUUGAAGAUCCUUAUAGUUCAGAAACACUGCAACCAGUAAAAACGACAGUAAAACCGUUAAUAAUUGCUGGUGCUGGAGGAAGUUCAGGGGAUUUAGACAUCGCAUCAAAUUGUCCGAUCAAUGGGAAAAAUGGAACUGAUGGGAUUUCAAGUAUAAUAACAGAAGAAGGCGGAGGUUAUACUUCUGGUGAUGGAUAUGCGGGAUCAGGGUACAAAUCUCUAUCAUCCGAUGGAAGAGGUGCAAGUUUUUUGUCAGGUGGAGUUGGUUCUUAUUCCCCAAAGGAUGAUUAUUAUUCAUAUGGAGGAUUUGGUGGUGGAGGUGCAAGCUGGAAUAGUGCUGGUGGUCCAGGAGGUUGGAAAGGUGGAAAUGUUACAGGUGUGGGUUGUGGAUCUCUUGGCGCUUCUUCAUUUACAUCUGGAACCAAAUCAAAAUUUAUUGAUGGAGGAAAUGAUGGGGAAGGAUAUGUUGAAAUUAAAAUAAUUUCUAAUUUUUGUAUUAAUUGCGUUGUUAAAUGUCAAUCCUUAAGCAAUUCCUAUUAUUUAAUUUUUCAUUUUUUGUUUAUUUCAAUUUUUCAGGCAACUUAA